UGCCUCCAUCCUCCAAGAGAAGAGACGAUGGAGCAAACCAAACACCUUCUACUCAUCAUCUCCAUCUCCUCUCUUCUCUUCUCCUUCUCUGCAGAAGCCAUUUGCGUCCCCAAAAACACCACCCAUCAGGCUCAUUCCCCAGCCCGGCUUCCCUCAAUCCGAUCACCACCACAUGUCUCUUCCCCUCCCCGGCGGCCCGUUGCUUCCCAUUCGACCCCAUUCGACCCUGCCAUCAAGGCAAUAUGUGAGAAAACCGACUAUCCUUCUCUCUGCAUGUCCUCCCUUGCUCCAUUUCUAGCCAGCUCGAACAACCCGGCUGCAGUCCUGGAGAUGGCGAUAAAGGCAUCCGUGAACUACACCGAAGCCGCUCUAGCAAAAGCCAUGCGCCUAUCCUCCGACCCCUUCACAUCGUCCAUUACCAAGGCCUACAUCGCAGACUGCCAGGAGAACUACAGCGACGCCAUCGAUAACUUCAACAUCGCAGCCAACGCGAUUUCCAGCGGCGAUAUUGGGUUGAUGAACAGCAUGCUUAGUGGGGCUAUAUCAGAUUUUCAGACUUGUGAUGACGGUUUCGCUGAGAUGAAUGAGCUCGAUUCACCCUUCAAGGAAAUAGACACGAACCUCUCUCACAUGGCCAGCAACUGCCUGGCCAUUGCUGCUUUGCUUCCUUGAUAGAAUCAACUAUGGGGAGUCAGCCAUUGUUGUGUUGUUUAUCAUCAUUUUCAACUGCUUUCUUCUUUGUUGUAUGCAACACAACUGCUUAUGCAGAAAGGAUAUAUACAUAUACAUAUACAUGGAGGAAUUUUUAAAAUUAAGCUUCAUUUGAAAUCUGCUUUCUUAUUUUC